AUGGGACGCAGUCCCCGGUAUGCCUCCACCGGGGACUGUGGCUUGCCGCUGCUUGGAGGCGCCAGGCCAGAUUUUUCAGUUCGGUCUCGUGAUUUGUUUCCUCUUCCAGUGCCCCCAAGACUUGAAAGCACCUCUGGGCUCAGCAGACGAUCAUCUCAGAGGCUCUGCCGCAAAGUCAGGAAGAUGGACACUGUGAGGGAAGCGGUUCAUGGAUUGAAUUGGCUGGCAGGGCAUGGUUUUUUGCAUGAUAGUGAGACGCCUCCCGAUGAUCUUCAAGCGGAGGUUCUACAGCGAAUUCAUUUACUGGCCCAAGAUUCCGGCAACCUGGGAAGCUUGGAGCGAGUUCCAUCUUCUGAGGCAGCCCUGCAGGCGCUGCUCAAGGGGAAGAGCGAGUAUCACCAGCCCUCGACCCCAGUGGCUUUGGCCCCCUACAAACUCGAGCGCGUAUCCUUACCUGAGGAUCUUCAUGGUUUGCCUCAGGCGGUAGAUCUGUUGCCUCAGGACGCCCGUCGAUAUCUGCAGGGUAAAGAGCUCAUGGUGAAGGAGGGCGAGCCCUUAGAGGCUCCUCCGCCUUACUGGGAUCCGGCACUAGCCAAGAGCAAGAAGCAAUACCGCCAGUUCAUUCAGCACCUCGACAGCAUAGGACUUUUGCAGUAUACUCAAACUCCCAAGAAUGAAGUUGGUGUGUUUUUGGUAUUCAAAAGUGAUGGUGAGCGUAUCAGGUUGAUUGUUGAUGCUCGUUCAACCAAUGCCCUCUUCCAAGAUCCUCCUGGGGUUGAGCUUUGUUCAAGUGAGGGGUUCAGUCGUAUAGAAUGCGAAGUAAGUCCCGGCCUGCGUCCCGGCAGUCCAGAAUUUUUGGCAGAGUUGCAGACUAUGAAUAUCCAUAUUGGUCUUAGCGAUGUCAAAGACUGUUUCCAUCGACUUCGCCAGCCUCGGUGGUUGGCGGAAUAUUUCUGUUUCAAGCCCAUCCGCGCCCACUGGGUCGGGCUCACUGGUACCAUGCUGGAUGGCCAUCGGCUAGGCGAGGUCAGCGUGGGGGAAACCAGAGCGUUGGGGACAGUCUUGGACGGUCAAGCUUUGUGUUCAAAGAUCACGCCUGAACGCUUUCAUAAAGUUAGGAAAGAAUGCUGGGCGCCGAAGCUCUGGGGCAAAUGGCAAUUCCCGGAAGGGAUCAUCACCUUGGAGGCGCGGGCAGCAGUGAAAUCUUUGCGGCGGGUGGCCAUGAGUGUUUUUGGUUCUCAGAUUCGCCAGCUUUUCCUUCUGGACAACAUGUCCUUGGUUUUGGCUCUGGAGCGAAGCCGGAGCAGGCAGUUUAGUCUCCUCAAACAGAUUCGUGUUUUCAACUCGUAUUGCAUUGCUAGGGGAAUCCAGCCUUAUUUUCGAUGGGUGCCAAGUGAACUCAACAGUGCAGACACCACGGUCAAGAAGAAGACCGAGCGCUGUUUGAAACCAGGGGUGCCAACCACCAAGACCUGGAAGGGCAAGGCCCCUGUCCAGAGAAAAGGGGCACACAACCUGGCAGCUUGCACAGUGGCCAAUCGACUGCUCAAAGCCAGCCCAGGGGUGACUGGGCCCACUCUGGACAGCCAGAGCCUGGGCAGCCUAGCUCUAGUCGAGCAGGAUGCCAAGUUCAGCAGCUCAGACAGCAGCAGCGAGGUAAUGCUCACCAAGAAGAGGGUGCGAAAACUCCACUCCCGAGGGCGGCAGCGCAGGCGAAAGUACGUCGAUCUGCUGAUGGAGGGCAAGGACCCACAAAGUUUGAGUGUUCUGGAGAGGCGGGCAGUGGGGCUAACCACAGAGAAAAUGUACGAGAAGGAGCACACCACUUUUAUGACAUUUGCCAAGAAGAGCGGCCACCUAGACAUCACAAACUCCAGCCAAGUAGAUCAGCUUUUGGUGGACUAUAUGAACCGAUGUUUCUUCGAGGGCCAUCAAGCCUUUGUUGGAGACAGGCUGAUCGCCAGCUGGCUUCAUCAUCAUCCCGAGUACAGCCGUACUGGUGUGAAGAGGAUCCCCAGAGCACUCCGAGCGCUGAGGGGUUGGAGGCGUUUGUGCCCCGGAAGGUCACGUACCCCUUAUCCUCUAGCAGUAUGGUGCGGCCUCAGCGUUUUGAUGCUGGAGCGUGGAUUUCCCAAGAUGGCAAUUUUUCUCAUGAUGUCCCUGUCCACCUAUGCGCGGCCAGCAGAACUCCUACGGCUGCGGGUGAUGAGUUUGAUUCACCCAGCCACAGGGGUGACCAGCUCCUGGUCCAUCCUGAUGAGUCCCGAGGAGCUAGGCCAGCCUUCGAAAACGGGCGAGUACGACAUCAGUCUGCUGUUAGACUCUCCUUAUCUCAGCUUUUGGGGUGCGAAGGUGUUCAACAAGCUGAAGACAGAGAAUCAGAACAAUUGCCUGUGGGACUUCAACUACAGUCAGUAUUUGGCCGUGUUCAAGAAAUGCGCCAAACAGAUGGGCAUAGAGCUGUCACCAUAUCACACCCGUCACAGUGGAGCCUCGAUAGAUCGCUCCAGGAACUACAGGAGCCAGCUAGAUGUGCAGAAGCGUGGACAAUGGAAAAGCACCAAGUCCAUUGCCCGCUACGAAAAAGCGGCACGCUUGGCCAAGAGUUGGGAGCAAGUUCCGAACAAGGCCAAGGAAUAUUGCCUGGCAUGCGAAGAGGCAUUCGACGGCAUCAUGGCCAGCCGAAAGUCGCAGAGCCAAGACGUGGCCAUUUGCACACGAGUCGCAGAGCCAAGACGUGGCCAUUUGCACACGAGACACCUGACCGCUGAAGAAAUUGCGCUGCAGCCGAGAAGGGUCGGCGGAUACCCCAAGACAUCACCGGCAGCCGAGGAGCGGAACCAGCAUGGUGCCGGGGAAGCUGCAGCGCAGCAGGCUCGGCCGGAUGCACAGGGUGAGCCACGUGGGAACCCACUGGGCUUCCCCACUUCCAGGUCCAGAGAAGAAGAGGACCUUCAGCUGGCGAUCGCCCUCUCUGAGUCCGAAGAUCGUGGAUUUCCAGCACCUCAAGCUGCCCCACCCGCUGCACCUGGCCCGCAACCGUCUCAUCCCCAAGCAGCAGCGAAAGCAGCUGCCAAGGCGGCAGCGAAGGCAGCACCAGCCCCACCAGCCCCACCAGCUCAACCGCCAGCGCCAGCUCCGAACUUCUCGGACUACAGCUAUAUCGCCAGAUGCACCCAGCACUUCGCAGCAGCCAGGGUCCUUGGUGCAGGUGCAUACGGCACAGUUUACCGUGGAGUAGACCCUGACAACGCCGUAGAGUUCGCAGCAAAGCGUUUGGAAUGCCAAGAUGCACAGCAGCGAGAAUACCUGGAAAGGAUGACGACGGCUGAAAUACGAGUCUUUCACUUAGCUGACUCAGCGAUUCUUCAAAGAUGCCGUCUUUAGGAAGAUGUUUUUUGAACUUGUUGUAACCAGGAGCUAAAUCGCAAGUGGUUAGUGCUUACGGGUUUGAGGUUUCCUAUGCUUGCAGCUUUGCUGCGUCUUUUUCACUCAGGCAUACAAAAGCAUUCAGAAUCAGUUUCUUUUUCCAACCGAAGACACGGCCAAGCCAACUUACCAUGCGGGGGCUUAGGUCCUAACCAACUUCAUCCAUCCCAACAUCAUACCCCUGCUGGGACAUUGUCUUCACAGAGAUGGUGCCGUCUUGGUCUAUGAGUUUCAGCCGCAAGGCAGCUUGGACGCACAUUUGAUGAACGACCAGAAAGCUCAGCAGCUCAGCUGGGGACGCCGAAGUAGCAUCGUGGCCGGUUUGCUGGUGGCGGUGAGCUUCUUACAUCACCACAAUCCCCAGGGGCCCUGCUAUCACCGGGACAUCAAGCCGGGCAACGUCAUGUUGACCGCAUCGUUUGUGCCGAAACUGGGCGACUGCGGCCUGUCGCGCUUUUUGCCCCAAGACCGACCAGGGCAGAGCCGAAUGACCAUGCAGCUCACACAGGGCGCGGGCCCAGCAGGGACUCCUGGCUUUAUGUGCAAACGAUACGUGGAGGGAGGCAACUUCAACGAGAAGUCGGAGGUCUAUUCCAUCGGUGUCACGAUUUUGCAGCUGAUCACGGGCAAAACGGAGUUUGAUGACGACUUUUCGGAGAUGAUUGAAGAAGCAGAUGAGGAGCAGAUUGCCCGGAACGGCGAUCAGCGGCUACCAGCGACUGGCCCAGAUGAGGAGAUCAUGAAGAAACUCUCGGCCAUGGCAGCUGCCAGUGUGCAGCGUUUCUCCAAGAGGAUUCGACUGAUGCCUUUGCUGCGGCAAGCCCGUGAAGCUGCGAGCAGCGGCGCGUCCGAAGCUUCAGCUUUGAGAGCGGAAGUGGAGGAGAUGGCGGCGGAACUGCGGCGUUUGCGCCUGCAGCAAGCCGCAGAAGCAGAACGCGCAGCCGCUGCCAACAUGACCUGCGAGCUGUGCUUUGACGAAGCCUCCGCAGAGCAGAGCGGCAGCUUGACCUGCCCCAAUCAGCACUUCGUUUGUGCCGAUUGCAGCCCGCAAAUGGUCACUAGCUUUCUGGAGCGUGUGAGUGCCAGCGACACCAUGCUGGAAGAUCAUCGCACUAGGAGCGGGCUGGUUCCAUGCGUGCAUGCCAACCCAGCAUUCCAAGACCCAUGCGCGGCUCACUACACGGACCAAGCCUUGGCUAGGGCCCUGCCGAAUGACGUUUUUGUGGGAUACAGGGCUGCACAGGAUGCUACCACCGAAAACCGUCUCUGGCAACAUUUCAACCAGAGGUUUCAAGAGGAGGUCUUGCACGCGCAACAGCAGUUGGAACGCCAGCAAGCCGCCCAUCGAGAGGAAAGAGCUUCCACGGACUUCCUGAGGCGGCAAUACCCAAAUGCUCGCAUGUGUCCCCAAUGUCGGUGUGGGCCUGUGAUCAACGAAAACUGUUUCGACCUCCAAGCCCAUCACAACCAAGCAUCAGGCCGCAGUCGGAUCAGCAAUGCGUGCCGGCAGUGUGGCUUUUUCACCCGGGACUGGAAUCAGUGGUUGCCUUGGGAUGGUGUUAUACGAGGCAAUGGGUAGCUUGGUACUCCUUGCUUCCCGUGUGCACAGUUGGUGCACGGGCCUUGCACAAAGUCUCAAGUUGAGUUUUAAGUGAUGGCCCACUUUCACUUUGCAUCGAAUAUUUUCCAUUUCACCCUGGUCAUUUUGCCCGGUCUCAUCGGAUGCCAUGUACAGCUCAGGUGGAGAUCCAGUCACACGCAAGGGCCCUGUGACCUGGAAGUCCGCCAGGCGGAAUCGACCUGAAAAAUC